CGGGCCCCCAGGAGGGGCGACAGGCAUCGGGCCCCCAGGAGGGGCGACAGGCAUCGGGCCCCCAGGAGGGCGACAGGCAUCGGGCCCCCAGGCAGAGCGACAGGUCUCGGGCCCUCAGGCGGAGCGGCGGGCGCCGCGACCCCCAGAUGGAGUGACAGGUCUCGGGCCCUCAGGCGGAGCGGCGGGCGCCGGAGCGGCGGGCGCCCCCCAGAUGGAGCGAACAGGUCUCGGGCCCCCAGGCGGAGCGGCGGGCGCCGGACCCCCCAGGCGGAGCGACAGGUCUCGGGCCCUCAGGCGGAGCGGCGGGCGCCGGACCCCCAGGUGGAGCGA